CAUUCAGUGUAUUUGCUUAUGUUGAACGAAUUAGUCGCGAAUCUGUAGAGUUGUUGGUGCAGUGCUGUUUGUAUAGUGCAGUGAAUGUUUGGAAAGAAAAAAAACUAAUAAUUUAUAUUUGUUGACAUAUAAACGCAGUGCUUGUAAACCAAAAAUCACACAAAAUAAAAUAAAAUAUAUUUUUCGUUUAUUCUUGGUGCCUUUGGAGUUGCAUAGUGAAUUCGAUAAAAUGCAGGGAAUUGAUUUCAUUAGAAUCACAUACAUCUUAGGAACUAUAUCGCUAGUGUCAACCAUGGAAAAUUUAGCAGAUUCUAAAAUUUCUCGAAUUAAACCGGCAACAAUGACAAGUGAUUCAAACAACAAUCCAGUUCAAAAUCGUCGACACAGAAACGAUCUAUCGAGUCAUGAGCUAUUAAAGUCGCUCGGUCUGGCAAAAGUAAACGUAUCGCCCAGUCAUCAUCGUAAACGUUUAGCCGAUGAAUCACAUCAUCAUCCAGAUCCACCACACCCAGAUGACUCAGAAAUGUUUAUCAUAAAAUUACCACCGAGUCCGAAUUACUACACCAAACCGGCGGCCAGCAUGAACGCAAUCGAUGACAAAGACAAAAAAUAUUCGGUCGAAUUCAAAUCGAACGGAAAACCGGGACGAAUUUAUCAUUGGAAUAUGCCAGUGCUGAAAAAGAUGAUCGGCCAACAUAAACAUCGAUCGAAUUCGAGGUAUUCGAAUGAUGUGAAUGACUUAAUUGAUAUCAAACACAUUCCAACGUGGCCGAAGCCAUGGGAAAAUGAGACGGUGGAAAAAAGUUUACCGAAAACGUAUCGUCGUCACAAUGCAAAUUUUCCAACGAAAAGUAAAUCACCGUCAUUCUAUGUGCCAACGAGAUCAAAGAAAAAUAAUUUAAAGAACACAACGAACGACAACAAUGCCCAUAAAUAUUUCCCCGGAAAUGGAAAGCCGAAAAGUUUCUACGUACUGAAAAAGAAAAGCCAAAAGCCUUAUUACAAAAAGAUAAUUCCAUGAAUUAAUCCAACAAAAUAUUACAAUUUCGUUAAUUUCGAAUCUGCUGGGCUGGGCUAUAUGGGAGAAAUAAC